ACAGACUACAACUUGCUAGGCGGAAGUUAUCGAUGCACCUGUUGUUACUCCGCGAACAAGAAGAGAAAAUCGAUUAUUUGUGAUCUCGUGCGGAACUAGCUCCACCAAACACACAGCAACGAGAGGAAUUGCACUUUGAGGCGGAUCAUAGCAGUGUUUUUCAUGGAUAAAUUAAAGAAAGUUUUGAGUGGGCAGGAUGAAAACAGUGACGACAACGGCAUUUUACAGGCGGCGAACCAAGCUUCCACCUUGUCAUGGGGCACCCGAGUGAAAGGCUUCAUUGCUUGCUUCGUUCUCGGGGUCUUGUGUUCCAUACUGGGAACGUGCUUGUUGUGGAUUCCAGGACGGGGUUUGGCGUUAUUUGCCGUUCUUUACACCGUUGGUAACGUUGCCUCCCUUGCUAGCACCAUGUUCCUGAUGGGCCCAGUGACCCAGGUGAAGAGAAUGUGUGCUAAAGUAAGAGCACUGGCCACUGCAAUCAUGCUGACGUGCCUUGUUCUAACUUUAUGUGCUGCUUUCUGGUGGAAGAUUAAUGGGUUGGCCUUACUCUUCUGUGUACUACAGUUUUUGGCCUUUGCUUGGUACGGCCUAUCCUACAUUCCAUUUGCCAGGGACGCUGUCAUAAAGAUGUUUACAGUCUGUAUUUCCUGAAGAUGAUUUUUAAUGGACCUUUCUCCCUAGUCCUCCCCCUCGCCCCCCCCCCCCUCGUUC